AUGGCUACCUCUGUUGCUCCAACAUCAGCAACGUCUCUUUGUUUAGAUGAGAACGCAAUCAAGGGUAUUGCAUUAGCAUUAAAAGAUACAAUUCAGACUGAUGUCUGCACCAUGCUGAACUCUACCAUUGAGACUAUAGUAAAAGGUGUUGUAGACGGUCUUCAGUCUCAGAUUAACUCUCUGAAAACGGAAAGUGAGUCUCUGAAAAAAUCAAAUACAGCAUUACAAGACCGGGUUGAUUACUUGGAGUUCCAAGUUGACUCAUCAGAGCGAUACAGUAGGCGUGACAGUUUAAGGAUCUCCGGGAUCGUUGAAUCAAAAGAUGAAAAUACUGACACGCAUAUCAUGAAAAUGGCAUCCGCGGUCGGGUCACCUUUAUCCCUCGAGGAUAUUUCUGUUUCCCAUAAAGUCGGCAAGCCGAAAGUAUCAGAAAAGCCUCGUGAUAUACUGGUGAAGUUUGUGUCUCGACGACCUCGAGAUUUAUUUUAUCGGAAUCGGGUAUUGCUCAAAUCAAAAGGUUAUAAAGGCCAAUUUGUGAAUGAAGAUCUCACAAAAUACAGAGCCAGUCUUCUGUACGAAGCACGACAGCUAGUUAAAAAUAAAAACAUUGUUGGUGCUUGGUCGACAAAUGGAAACAUAGUCAUCAAAGCUUCCAAAAACAGAAAGACAACUGUGCACAAAAUAAAUUGCAGAGGUGACCUUGAUCCUUUCUACUCCUACACUUGUGAUGACUGA